AUGAUCUCACUCCCCAACCUCAAUGCCUCUCGGUCAGGGCGCAUAUCUGCUAUUGCUAUAUCACUUCUAGUUUUUUGCACUUUUUAUGUUUGGAGCCCGUUCCAUUUUGCUGGGUCAGAUCCUAGUGUAUCCUCCUUGCCAACUCUCACGGGGAACGAGGCCUCCAGUUUGGAAGCCAGCGCUUCGGUGCAGCAGCCUUCAGAAGGAGCGCAAUUUACUCCACUAGUUGGCCCCAAUACUUCUAUCUACAACAUUCCCGACAAAGUAUGGCAUUCAGCUAAAAAUGAACUCGUUUCCGAGCAACAACGCGGAUGGAUCAACAGUUGGACACAAAGAAAUCCAUCUUUUCGCGCGGAACUGCUGACUGAUCGUUCUGGGGAGCAAUUCGUUCAUGCUCAUUUCCAACAGCGACCGGAUAUUAUUGAGGUCUAUGAUGGCUUAUCAAUUCCAAUUUUGCGCGCUGAUCUUCUUCGCUACCUGAUCGUUCUUGCCGAGGGCGGAUAUUGGAGUGAUCUAGAUGUGACGGCAGAGAAACCAUCCAUCGACUGGGUCCCUUCUGAGUUCAAGCGACCAGACAUGAACAUCGACAUGAUCGUUGGCUUGGAAUUCGAUUUCUCUUACCGUGGUCCUGGCACAGAAGUUGCCUCGCAAUUCUGUAACUGGGUCUUUGCCGCUCAGCCGUCAUCCCGGAACCUCAGAGUGAUUGUUGACACUGUAAUCAACAAGUUGAAAGGGAUCGCAGCUGCCAACAAUGUUGGGAUCUCGGGUAUCACUCUGGAGAUGCUCUCGGAUAUUGUGAAUGUUACUGGUCCCAAGAUCAUGACCAUCGCAAUUCUGGAAAGUCUUGGGCAACUUCUUGGGCGAACGGUCGAUGAUCGCGACUUCUCCGGCAUCAAGCAUCCGAAAUUGGUGGGAGAUGUCCUGAUAAUGCCGGGUGUCUCAUUCGCUGCGCGCCAAAAUGGAAACCCGACAGACCAAGGCCCAGCUCUGGUCACACACCACUAUGAAGGUUCCUGGAAACAGGCAGACGCAGAGGCGAAAGAGCGAAAGAAGCAGAUGGAACAGAAUGAUCAACCUCAUCCUUAA